UUGCCUGUGCACGACUGCGCGUGACUGUGAGUCCUGUAGUGCAUGGAACGCACGUGUGAAGAGAGGCCUGUGGAGGAUGGGAGCGACGAAGAGGACCCCGAUUCUACGGAAGCUUCGCCUCGGAUCCGGGACACCCCGGAAGACAUCGUGCUGGAAGCGCCGGCCAGUGGGCUGGCGUUUCACCCGACCCGCGACCUGCUGGCGGCCGGGGAUGUGGACGGGGACGUGUUCGUCUUUUCCUAUUCCUGCCAAGAAGGAGAAAACAAGGAACUCUGGUCCUCAGGUCACCAUCUCAAGUCCUGCCGAGCUGUUGUUUUCUCUGCAGAUGGGCAGCAACUUGUUACCGUCUCCAAGGACAAAGCCAUCCAUGUGCUAGAUGUGGAGCAGGGUCGACUAGAAAGACGCAUUUCCAAGGCUCAUAGUGCCCCCAUCAACAGUCUGCUGCUGGUGGAUAAGAAUGUUCUGGCCACUGGGGAUGACACAGGUGGCGUCCGGCUCUGGGACCAGCGGAAGGAGGGCCCCUUAAUGGACAUGCGACAGCAUGAGGAGUACAUUGCGGAUAUGGCCCUGGACCCAGCCAAGAAACUGCUGCUGACAGCCAGUGGGGAUGGCUGCCUUGGCGUCUUCAACAUCCGGAGACACCGGUUAGAAGUGCUUUCCGAGCCUCAGUCUGGAGACCUGACCUCUGUCACCAUCAUGAAAUGUGGGAAGAAAGUGGCCUGUGGCUCCAGUGAAGGUACCAUCUACCUCUUCAACUGGAAUGGCUUUGGGGCAACAAGUGACCGUUUUGCUCUGAGAGCAGAGUCAAUUGACUGCAUGGUUCCCGUAACCGAGAGUCUGCUAUGCACCGGCUCCACCGACGGCAUCAUCAGGGCCGUGAACAUCCUGCCCAACCGAGUGGUGGGCACUGUGGGCCAGCACGCAGGGGAACCUGUGGAGGAGCUGGCCCUCUCCCACUGUGGCCGCUUCUUGGCUAGCAGUGGCCAUGACCAGCGCCUUAAAUUUUGGGACAUGGCCCAGCUGCGGGCUUUGGAAGUGGAUGACUACCGACGGCGCAAGAAGAAAGGAGGGCCACUUCGGGCCCUGAGCAGCAAGGCCUGGAGCCCAGAUGACUUCUUUGCAGGACUGAGGGAGGAGGGAGAGAAGUCCAUGACUCAGGAGGAGGAGGAGGAGGAGGAAGAAAGUGAGGAUGACAGUGACUGAGUCUCAAGACAACCCCCCACUGUCCCUUCCUGGGCUGCUGCCUCCUCUGAGAGAUUCUGAAUUGUCACCAUCUUGUGGAGACCCAAGCACUGAGAGCGGGAACCUGCACUUCUUAGAGCAUCUGCUCACUCUGCCUGAGUUAGGCAACCCACAGCUGGGCAAGACAGUACGGACACAGGUGUAUGACAACCAUAGGUUUAAUAUAAAUACAAACCAGCACAGAAAAACUCAAAACCACACAUAAAUCAAAAACUGGAAUGCCACUAGUGGGGACAAAAGGCAGCUUUCUGACCCUUUGGCUCAGCCAGCCCACAAAUAAAAGCCAACAAAGGACAACCCAAGAAAU